AUGGCUUCUUCGUCUUUUUCUUCUGCUCUGGUUAUGUUUUCUGUUUUGGUUCUUCUCAGAACGGAACGAUGCAUGGCGAAAAAGAUUCAACUUGGUUCUAGACUGACAGUUCGAGACAACCAGACAUGGAUAUCGAAUAACCGAACGUUUGCGUUUGGGUUCACACCAACUGAAUCGAGAAACCAGUUUCACUUAGCAGUUUGGUAUAACGAGCUUCCGGGGGAUCGAGUAAUAGUUUGGUCAGCAAAUAGAAACUCACCAGUGGGAAAAGAUGCAAUCUUGGAGCUCGACAACUCUGGAAAUCUAGUGCUCAUCGACGGGUAUAAAAUCAUUUGGUCAUCAAACACGUCAGAUUCCGGUGUGCAUAAUGCUGAAAUGUCAGAUUCCGGUAACUUUGUUCUGUAUGACACAUAUCUUACUCCUGUUUGGCAAAGCUUCUCACAUCCGACUGAUACGCUUCUUCCAGGCCAGAACUUGACAGUCUCGCUAGAACUUGCUUCUUCUAAUUCUUCUCCUGCUUACGGUGGUUUUUACACACUUAAAAUGCUACAAGAAAGAACUUCAUUAAGCCUAGCUUUAACGUAUAACUUACCGGAGUCUUACAAUGGAUCUCAGGUGACUCAAAGUAACUACUCGUAUUGGUCGGGACCUGAAGUGUCGAAUGUUACUGGAAAGGUGUCCGCAGUUCUGGAUGAAUCAGGGAAUUUCGGUAUAGUGUAUGGUGAAUCUGCUGAAGGAACUGUUUUUGUAUACAAGAGUGAAAUCGAUGAGACUCGCUCGAACGGUAGAGUAGUACUCCGCCGCAUAACACUUGAGAAGAACGGGAACUUACGCCUGUAUCAUUGGGAUGACGACGUAAAUGGCUCUAGACAGUGGGUACCAGAAUGGGCGGCAGUGUCAAAACCUUGUGAUAUUGCAGGAGUUUGUGGCAAUGGGAUAUGCAAUUUGGAUGGAAGCAAGAGUAAUGCUAGUUGCAAUUGUUUGCCAGGAACCCAAUGCUCACCGAAUUUAUUUGUUAGACCCAAAUGUGAUCACCAGCAAGAAAAUUUGACAUCCCAGUUCAAAAUCGCAACGAUUUCUCAAACAAAUUACUACUUUUCUGAAUCAUCGGUGCUUGAAAACUAUACUGGCGUUUCAACAGUAUCAAAAUGCGGUGAUAUAUGUCUAUCUGAUUGUCAGUGUGUUGCUUCAGUUUAUGGACUAAAGGAGGAGAAACCCUACUGUUGGAUUCUGAGGAAUUUAGAAUUUGGAGGUUAUGAGGAUCCAGGUUCAACCUUGUUUGUGAAGAUUGGGAAAAAUGUCUCAAUAACGUCAGGCCGUAAUCCAAGAAAUUCUGGAGGAAAUUCCAAUUCCAAUAGUACCCGCAACAAGGUUGUCAUUAUUCCAAUUGUUCUCUGCAUGUUGGCCGUCAUUGGUUUACUCUGCUUCUUGCUAUAUUAUACUGUCCACCGGCGAAGAUCCUUACAGAGAGACAUGGAGAGAUCGCUGACUGUCUCCGGGGCUCCAUUGAAUUUUAGUUACAGACAUUUGGAGAGUGCGACGAAUAAUUUCACUCACUUGCUAGGAGCUGGUGGCUUUGGGAGUGUGUACAAGGGGAGCAUUGGAGAUGGAACUCUGGUUGCAGUUAAGAAACUGGAAAGGGUUUUGCCUCAUGGAGAGAAGGAAUUCAUAACAGAAGUGAACACCAUUGGGUCGAUGCAUCAUAUGAACUUAGUUCGCUUAUGCGGGUUCUGCUCGGAAGGAACAAAACGGCUUCUUGUUUAUGAGUACAUGAAGAAUGGGUCACUGGACAAAUGGAUUUUUCCUUCUUACGGUGGUAGUCGAGAGAUCACAGACAGGAUACUAGAUUGGAAGACUAGAUUCCUCAUAGCUACUGAAACAGCACAAGGAAUCGCAUACUUCCAUGAACAAUGUAGGAACCGGAUCAUACAUUGUGACAUAAAACCAGAAAACAUUCUCUUAGAUGACAACUUUCAUCCCAAGGUAUCAGAUUUUGGGUUAGCAAAACUGAUGGGUAGAGAGCAUUCGCGUGUUGUGACAAUGAUUAGAGGAACACGAGGAUAUUUGGCACCAGAGUGGAUCAGUAACCGGCCAAUUACUGUUAAAGCCGACAUUUACAGCUACGGAAUGUUGCUGCUAGAGAUCAUUGGUGGAAGGAGAAACCUGGACAUGUCUCUGGAUCCAUCUAGCUUCUACUUUCCUGGCUGGGCUUUUAAGGAGAUGACAAGUGAAACACCGAAAAGAGUUGCCGAUAAAAGGUUAAAUGGGGUGGUGAAUGAAGAUGAAUUAGUAAGAGCCCUAAAAGUUGCAUUCUGGUGCAUUCAAGAUGAGGCAUGGAUGAGACCUUCGAUGGGCGAAGUCGUGAAGAUGUUAGAAGGGUCAGUUGACAUCAGCCAACCACCGAUGCCUCAAGCAGUUUCAGAGCUGAUUGCAGAAGGGUUGGAUCAUGUAUACAAAGCAAUGAAAAGAGAAUUCAAUCACUGCGAAUCUAAAAUCUUCACAAGUGGACCUUCUUCCCUUGCUACUUACAGUAAUUCCUCAAUGUCACCAAGAUAACAUAGAAAAGAGUUGUUCAUGGAGUCAUUUUGUG